AUGGGAGAAUCCAGACAGGAGCUCGUGGCAUGGCUCAACAACCUGCUUCAGCUAAACGUAACCAAAGUCGAACAAUGUGGAACUGGUGCCGCGCUCUGCCAGAUCUUCGACAGCAUCUACCUCGAUGUUCCCAUGUCCAGAGUCAAGUUCAAUGUGAAUACCGAGUACGCAUACCUGCAGAACUUCAAGAUCCUCCAAAACUGCUUCACCCGCCAUGGCAUUGACCGUCCCGUUAACGUUGAGCAAUUGAUCAAGUGCAAGAUGCAAGAUAACCUUGAGUUCCUACAAUGGUCGAAGCGGUAUUGGGAUCAAUACUUCCCUGGUGGUGACUACGAUGCUGUUGCCAGACGACGAGGGUCCGGCGCGCCGCCCCCAGCAACUGCUCCUGCACCACGGACAUCUGCUGGCGUAGCUAAGAGAGGUACCACACCAACCACGGGGCGACCAAGAGUAGCGGGUGUAGGAGGUGCAGGAAGUGCUGCUUUACAGCAGGAGAACGCCACAUUAAAGGAAACAGUACAAGGCUUGGAGCGAGAGCGAGACUUCUACUUCAGCAAACUACGCGAUAUCGAAUUGUUGGUGCAACAAGCGUGUGAAGAAGAUCCCGAGAUCGAGAAGCAGGAGGACGGCUUGAUCAAGCAUAUCCAAACCAUUCUUUACUCGACGGAGGACGGCUUCGAAAUUCCAGCUGAGGCGGAGGGUCUUGACGACCAGGAGACAUUCUAG